GGUGAAAACGAUUCUGGCUUUGAUUGGUUUUGUGCGGGCUCUCUCAUCGCAACUCGAUUCGUCCUGACGGCGGCUCACUGUGCAUUCGCUUCCAUGCCGAAUCCUCCGACGAUCGUCCGCCUUGGAGAACACAAUCUCAAGGAUAGCUUUUCUCCAAACCGCCAGGACGUUGAGGUUCAGAGGAUCGUGCACCAUCCGGGCUAUCACUACGCAUAUUACGACAUCGCACUGGUGCAACUAAACACCGCGGUCACUCUCAACGCCUACGUACAACCGGCUUGCCUUUGGACUAACGAUAAUGAUCCUGACUCUCCGUUGAUAGCCACAGGAUGGGGAAAUCUUGGCUACUAUAACGAACAGGCGACGGUUCUACAACGGGUACAGCUUCUUAUUGUACCGAAUUGGCAGUGCAACCAAAGUACAUUCCACAACCGGCGUCUGUGUUACGGAAUUUUGAAGAUGCAAUUGUGUGCCAGUGACCAGCAAGGUGGGAAAGAUACAUGCUCUGGAGACUCCGGCGGUCCGCUACAGCUCCGGGUUCCGGAAGCAGAUCGGGAUGCAGGACUCUGCUCUAGACCCUACUAUUUGGUAGGUAUCACGUCAAAUGGUAUGAUUUGUGGAACAGUUAAUCAGCCAGGAAUUUACACGCGCAUUUCAAGUUUCGUUUCAUGGAAUGACGGACAUUGGGAGCAUUAUUCAACGCGCGAUGCCGGUUACGUUGGCUCACUCGUCUUCGGUUGCAUAUUUUUCCAAGCCUUGAAGAAUCUGAAGCACACUGGUGACGCACACAACGAUGACGAAACCGUGCCGGUCCGACGUGCCGCUUAUGGUCCAGCCCCCAAACACAAUCUCUACGUGACGAGCCGAGU